AUGGAAAGCAGAGUGGGCCUGAAUCUCUUGUAUGCUCAGACGGUCAGCGAUAUUGAGCGUGGCUGGAUACAGGUGAACAAAGAGCAACAUCGACAGCUCAAAUCUCUGCAGGAGAAAGUCUCCAAGAAGGAGUUCAUCCAGUUGGCACAGACAUUGAAGUAUUACGGGUAUCUGAAGUUUGAGCCCUGUAUCACCGACUUCCCGGAAAAGGGUUGUCACGUGAUCGUGAGCGCCGGAAACAAUGAACUCAACUUUCAAGUGAAACUCCCCAACGAGCAAAUGAAGGAAGGCAGCUUCAAAGUCACCCGCAUGCGUUGUUGGCGUGUCACCUCCUCGGUACGUCACCCCCUGUCAAGCAAUGGUGCCGGCAGCCCCAACAAGACAGAGGCCCGUCUGGAACUGGCCUUCGAGUACUUGAUGAGCAAAGACCGGCUACAGUGGAUCACUAUCUCCAGCCCGCAGGCUAUAAUGAUGAGUAUCUGCUUACAGUCAAUGGUGGAUGAACUGAUGGUGAAGAAGUCUGGAGGCACCAUUAAAAAGAUGUCUCGGAAGAGGCAGUCGUGUUUGGUGCGGCGGGUAGACAGUCAGCAGGCAGUGAAGUCUCCCCCUCUCCUGGACUCUCCGGAUUCAACCCGGGAGCCCAUCGCCAAGUUAUCGAGUAAGCUCAGCUCGGUCAGUCUCCGAGGAAUCAGUAAUUCCAGCUCCACCAACGACAUGAGUGCCGAAGACUUUCACGGGAACUACGCCUUCGAGGGUAUCGGGGAUGACGACUUGUGA